AUGACACCACUUUCGACGAAACGGCGCAAGCUAGAAAAUGGGCAGCCCAGCUCGCCUUCCGGGGAUUCGAACGGCUCUGGUGCCAGCCACUCCGGGGAGGAAACGCCCCAUGACUCUGAACCAAACCCUCAAGCACAUUCCGUCCAGACACCAGGAACUCCGAAGAUGAAGCACACGAGAGAGGAUGACGACUCUGCGAUAUUUGCUGGGGGAAUGUACAAGUCGAGUCUGUUCAAGCUGCAGGUGGACGAGCUACUGGCUGAGGUACGGCCAAAUUAUGAAAAGCGGCUCUGCGGGGUGGACGAACUCCUCCGCAAACUGAAAGGCCUGAUUGAGGGAAUCGAAGCUCGUGCUGCUGUCUCUGUUCCAGAGGCUACGAAAGCUUUGCAUAAGUCGCAUAAGAUCACAGUUCCCUUUCCAGACCCUAAGCCAGAUCACAACGCAGCAUAUAAACUCGCAUACGAGCAACCUUCAAACAUCAAUGUUGUCGGAAGCUAUGCUUCGAGGACAAUGGUGAAAUCAGAAGAGGUCUUGUCAGUCGAUAUGGUAGUUAUUAUGCCUGCUUCAAUAUUUCAAGAGAAGGACUUUCUGAAUUACCGAUAUUUCUAUAAGAGAGCAUAUUACUUGGCUUGCAUUGCAGCUGGACUCCUUAAUGCUGUACAGGACGAGUUAUCUUUAUCAUUUCAGUAUCUUAACGGCAACAGUCUUCAGCCAAUCCUAACCGUGAAGCCUAUAUCGAGGGACGAAUCGAAAAUCAGCUUCAACUAUCAAAUUCGCAUCAUACCCGGGGCCCCUCCAGCUUUCUUUAGCAAGUCUAAGUUGCAGCCAAGCAAAAAUGCUGUUCGACAGAAGGACGCCCUUGAGAACGGACCCAGCACCUUGCUGCCAACGCCAUUUUACAACGCAUCACUCCUAGCUGAUUGCAGCUUCGAACCCUAUCUCAAGGUUCUUCACUCCUCGGUCAAGCUUGCGGCUGGUUUUAAAGAGUCAUGUAUCCUUGGCAGAAUUUGGCUACGACAGCGAGACUUCGGUAGCGACAUCUGGAAGGGAGGCUUUGGCCAUUUUGAGUGGGCUAUAACUACUGCUCUGCUUCUUAAGGGAGGUGGCCCUAAAGGCCACAGUGUACUAUCUCCAGGCUACAGCAGUUAUCAGAUGUUCAAGGCUGUUCUGCAAUUCUUUGCCUCUACCGAUUUGACUACCCGGCCAGUCCUUUUCGAAGGGAAAGAUGUGGUCUUUUCAAAGUCUAACAAUCCGAUUCUGUUCGACGGAGUACGGGGGCUGAAUACGCUCUACAAAAUGACUCCUUGGUCAUACCAGGUCCUGCGCCAUGAGGCCAAGACAUCUUUGGCUAUGCUGAACGACUCUACUUUCGACCAGUUCGAAUCAACCUUUAUUGUCAAAACUUCACAGAAUCUUCAGAGAUACGACUCCACAAUCCGAAUAUCUUUCUCUCCUCAGUCAUCCGAUCAUACUUCUCCCGAUCACAUCUCGGGCUACAGAACAGUUAGCAAUAAACUUUUCGAAGUUCUGCGAGAAGGCCUAAUGGACCGUGUCAGUCUGAUCGACAUUCAGGAGCAAUGUCUGCCCUCUUGGUCAAUCAAUUCGAGCUGCCCAGCCGAGAAGGAUCAGUCAUUGUUGGUUUCACUGGUCUUUGACCCAGCCAAUAUCGACCGCCUAGUAGACCAUGGCCCAGCAGCAGAGGAGAAAAAGAAGGCUGCCAAAUUUCAAAAGUUCUGGGGAGAGAAAGCAGAGCUGCGACGAUUCAAGGAUGGCAGUAUCCUCGAAAGUUUGAUAUGGUCACCUGGCUCCUCCCACAGUAUAUUACGAGAGAUCGUGACAUUUCUUGUCAAGCGUCACCUCGGCGAUGCGUCAGCUGCGAGUCUCAUGUUCUUUGGAGAGGGCUUCAACAAGAUAUUGCCUGGGCCGGGAACGAAACUAAGCCAAUUUGACGGUCUCAGAGAGGCCUAUCGCAUGUUUGAGAAGCAGAUCCGAGAUCUCGAAGGGCUACCGUUACAGCUCAGACAACUUUCGGCUGUCAGCCCCCAACUUCGGUAUUCCUCUAUUAACCCACCUGGGUUUGGCGCUGGGCGGCCCAUGAAAGCUCCAGCCGAUGUGAUGAUACAGUUUGAGGGAUCUGGAAGGUGGCCGGAUGACAUCAUUGCGAUCCAACGAACGAAAAUAGCUCUCCUGCUCAAGAUUGGUAGUUUGCUCGAGGAGUCGGAUGAUAGCAUUUCAAGUCGAGUUGGUCUGGAGAAUGAAGACGAGCCUCUUCAGAAUUGCGCGUUCUUAGACGUCAUCUACAGCUCCGGCGUUGUGUUCCGUCUCCGAAUUCAUAACGACCGAGAGCAGAUCCUUCUUGAACGUCAGAUCAAGGACAAGUCGAGUGAUCACCGGGCUCGAGAGGCAGCUGUCUCUGCACUGUCGGUAUAUAAAAAGAACUUCAUCCACCUCCCGGUGCAUACACAGUCCAUCUCGAAAAACUGCACUCGUUUCCCACUUCUAUCACCGGCGAUACGACUAACGAAGAUGUGGUUCGAGAGUCACAUGCUUCUGGGGCACAUCAGCGAAGAGCUGGUCGAGCUUCUGGUUGUGAGGACAUUUUUACAGCCUUUCCCAUGGCAAGCACCGUCAUCAGUAAUGACUGGAUUUUUGAGGACCCUUCUCUUCAUCUCGAGAUGGGACUGGCGUCUCUCUCCGGUUAUUGUAGACUUUAGUGGGACCAUGACCAGCCAGGAGGUCGAUUCGAUAAACACUAGAUUAGAAGCCUGGAGGAAGAUCGAUCCCAGCAUGAACCGUGCAGUAAUCUUCGCAGCUUCCAAUCAUGAUCAGACCGGGACUGGCUUUACAGACAAAGGGCCUUCGAAGAUGGUCGCAGCUCGGAUGACAGCACUAGCUCGUUCUGCUUGCAAGUUGGUCAAAGACAAAGGCAUUUACCUCGAGCCAAAAUCCUUGUUUGCUUCCACAACAAGAGACUACGAUUUCGUGAUCCAUAUCUCACCCAACUUCGCUGGCAAGCAGAAGCCGAAAGAGGUCAGCAAUUCCAAAUUCAAGAAUCUUGAGGUUCAAGCGGAUAUCGAUGUCGGAGUGAUUGGAUACCAACCAAUUCAGCUGUAUCUCGAGGAGUUGAAGAACCUGUAUACGGGCAGUAUUGUAUUUUUCCAUAGUCCUUCGAGCGGUGCUAUUGGAGGAUUGUGGAAUCCUCAGAAUUUGGCAGCACGAGCUUUCAGGGUUAACGCUGCAUACGCUACCAAGCCUGUUGCGGAUGAGGGAGAGGAAGUUGUGAUUGACAAGAAUGCUAUUCUGGCAGAGAUCGCAAGGCUUGGAGGGGACAUGGUUUCCCGAGUAGAGGUAAAUAGAUGA